AUGUCUGUUUUAGGUUUUGGAGGUUCCCACGAGGGACAAGCGUAUAGAAUGUACUUGUGGCGAGAAAUGCAGGAGGUCGCAAGUGACAAAGUUGUAUGGCGGCCGCGACGGAAGAUCAAGCGGCCUUACCACGACAGAGAUCUGCCCGCGUGUGUGCAGUACCUUAUCGUAGGAACGGGCGCCGCUGGCUGGGCCGCUUACAGAGCCAUCAUGGAGCACGACAAAUACGCCAAGGUGUUCUUUAUAACGAAAGAGGAUUCGGUACCAUACCAGAGGCCGCCUCUCAGUAAAGAGAUGUGGCUGAACCCGGAACCACCGGACCCUAAGGUCAUGGCUUACGUGCAGGAUGACAGGAAGAAGACGAUGUUGAACGCAAACUGUGAAGACUUUUUGGACUCGGUCACAUUUUACCGUAAGAAAAGAGGUCCCGCGGUGUCCAUUGCGACCGGGUGGUGCGUUUCGCGGGUCGAUGCGGACGACCACGUGGCCUACGUCAGAACAUUGAACGGCGAACAACCCAUUUACUACGAGCGCUGUCUUCUCGCACCAGGUGUAAAGGCUAAAAACCUAGACAUAAUCAAAUCUGCGCCGAAGCAAGUAAGAGAAAGAGUAUGCACAAUGAGAACUAUCAGAGACUUCGAGAUAGCGUACAGAAAAGUGAAAGAAGCGCAACAUGUGACAGUUAUUGGCGCCGGUCCUCUGGGCUGUGAGCUGGCGUGGCAUCUUGGCAGGAUGAAUAAGACAUUUCCUCGGGAAGACGCGCCUCCACUAGAGCUGGUACACGUGUACAAGGAUAAGGGCAUUCUGUCAGGCAUCCUACCGGAAUAUCUCGGCGUGUGGGCUGCAGAGCACAUCAAAUGCGAGGGCGUCAAACUUGUACCCAAUGCUCAAGUGUACGAUGUAUUCGAGUCACAGGACGGAAGACUUGAACUAACACUAUCAAACGGAACGUCCAUUGUUACUGACUAUGCGUUCAUAGCGAUCGGCGCGGAGCCUCGCGUAGAUAUGGCGGAACCUUCGUUCCUAGAGCUGGACGACGUGAAUGGCGGCUUCCUCGUCAACACAGAGCUCGAGGCGCGCACGCAUCUCUACAUCGCGGGUGACGCGGCGAGCUACUACUCGCAGUGGAAGGACACGCGGCUGCGCGUCGAACACUACAUCAACGCGGAGGAGCAGGGGCACAUUGCCGGCGCCAACAUGGCCGGCUACUGGAUCCCCUGCAACAUGGAGCCCAACUACUGGGUCAAGCUCGGAGAGAUGCUGCAGAUGGAGGUGGUCGGUGAAGCUGGAGCUUGCUUGCCCAUCGUAGGCCUAUUCAAAGACUGCAGCGACGAAGCGUCCAUACAGGAAGCAGAUGAAUUGGUUGGUGGCACUGGGAAGAAAAGGAAAUGCUUCAUUAAUAAGAGCGCGGAGUACUUCAACAGAUACAAGCGCGGCAUGUUGUUCUACCUGCGAGAUGAAGUUGUGGUCGGCUUCACAUUCUGGAACAUGCCACCCAUCGAAGACCGGAAGGCCGUCGCCACAGAAAUAUUACGCGCGAAGCCGACGUACCACGACAUUAACCUGCUGGCGGAGCUGCUCGGAUUCCCCGAGACGCACUGCGUCUACAAGAAAGCUGAGGAAAUUAUAGACACAGGCCCUUGCCUCACGAAAAAUGUUAUUCAUCGUCAAUGUCAGAUUAUAUCGAGCCGCGUACGAAGAGAUUCGUCUGAAAAGCGUCAGGACAGUUCAAGCUAG